GAAGGGCACCACUCAACACCAGCGAGCCACGAAGACAAGCGGAACAUACUGUAGAACAUAUAGGGCAGUUUGCCUGUGUGAUAACCGCUUUUUGAAUCCACUGUAACUUCAACGGCAACUGUAACGGCAACUUCAGGGGUAAAUAACAACUGUGUUAAAAGUAGCUGAAUUGACGGUUAGAGAUAGGUGUUAAUAUGUAAUUCAUGCGUAACAAUGCUACUGACUUGGCGUGCUCAUUCAAUUGAUUUCAUUGUUGAAGCAAGGCGCAUUACGACGUCUGUCCCAAGAAGCUAGCAUAGCUAUCAGUGCUACAGUUCUCUUUCCUACAAUGGAGAACAAGUCGCUAACACUUUUUACCUACAUUAAGCGGGAUUUUGUUCACCAUGUGCGCUGGUGUGGGUGCGAAGAUAAAACGUCCUCUACGUCUACGUUUGACAUAAUACUAAAAACCGGCUGGACUGACCGGAUGCGUAGAGGGUUUUUCCGUUAUCACCUCAGCGACUUGGAGACACGAAUCCUACCUGGGCGGUAUCGGUAUGUCGCCCAAUUGAAUAUUCAAAGAGGAAUAGAGAGAAGAAAACCUCAGGAAAUAUUAAGCAUAAAACAGAACUUUGACAGCAAACAGUUCAACUUCAACAAAAUAAAUCCAGAGGAAAUCAUUUUUGAGAUGAGUAAGCAAAUGCCCACCUCGCAGCACAAGGACCGGGAUGCCUGUAAAGAAAGUGUACACCCAGGUGAUGAGCUCUGUAGAAUUAUGGUGGUGGUCAAUGUUAGCCCUUUGGAAUUUGGCCACUGUUUAUUUAUUCCAGAGCCCACCAAAUGUUUACCACAGGUCCUGACUCCAGCUGCCAUCAAAAUUGGAAUUGAAGCUGUGCUCCUGAGUUCUGACCCAGGCUUUCGAGUGGGUUUUAACAGUCUAGGGGCAUUUGCAUCUGUCAAUCAUCUCCACCUCCAUGGAUACUACCUGAACCAGGAGCUGCGUUUAGAAACUGCUUCAACCUUGCCCUUAGUUCCUGAAAAAGGAUUUUACCGUCUGAUCGACUUCCCCACUGGCUUGAUGUUCUAUACUGAAACUGAGGACCUUGAGAAAGUUGUCUGUGCCAUUUGUCUGGUCACAGACUCACUGGUGGAUGGAAAUAUGGCACACAACCUGUUUUUCACCAGAGGCUGUCCACCUGGGGAGUCUGAUGUAUGUGCCAGGAGGGGUGUGCGCAUUGUUGUGUGGCCUAGAAUGUCCUGCUUUGGUGCCAAAGAUGAAUCUGCCUUUAAUGUGGCUCUGUGUGAGCUGGCUGGACAUUUACCAUUCAAGAAUAGACAUGACUUUGAACAUAGCACUGAAAAGGAUGUGAUGGCCAUAAUUCAGAGGUAUCUGCUGCCUAAUAAAGAAUUUCUUCAGUUGGAACAGCAGCUAACGGCACGUUUACAGAAGUAGUUCAAAUCCUGAUUCUCAUAGAAGAGAAGAAUCUGUAUAAUGUUAUUCUUUAGACCUAUCACUGUUGUAUAUUUUGCCUUAGCUUAUUUGUACAUUGGGCUCUUAACUUCGCUAAGUUAGAGCCCAAUAAAGUUGUGAUGUGGGCAGCUCAAUGUCCUUUUGUGUCUGAAGGUAAUGUUAUUCAUAACCAUUUAGAUGUAAUGUGUAAAAAGCUUUUCAGCCAUCUUGUCAUACCAGGCCCCUUAAACCUUAAGAUUAAAACUUAAUUUAUGACUAUACUGUCCAAAUAGAGUACAUGCAUUGUGCUUCAUUUUACACAGUGGGCAAUAAAUAGCUCUCAAUGUUGUUGAAUAAAUCUCAGUCAGAGAGAAUGUCUUUACAAUAGAAUCAUUUAUUAACAAGCAACUGCUGGGUGCUUAUGCACACAGUGAGACCAUGGCAUGAACUGUAAAACUACUAAAACAGCAUUGAUUGUAUAGCACACAGAUGAAGAAAACUGUCAGAAAUAAAAUGUCCUCCCCAUG